AUGCCGGCCUUGUCUUUCCCACGCCACCCGCAGCUGCCCCCAACCACGUCCCCGGCGGAUAAAGUGAGGCCGUGUGAGAGCCAGGACCAGGACCGCACAGCUGAUGAGGAUCCUGGGGAGGACGAGGAGGUGUCCAUCGAUUUCACGGAGGCAGAAUGGGCCCUGCUGGAUCCGGGACAAAGAACUCUGUACAGGGAAGUCAUGCUGGAGAACUACGAGUCACAUAGAUGCCUUUGGACCUUCCCAACCCAAAUAGGUGCUAACAGGAUCUCUCUAUUUCAUCCUGCAGAAGAUGAUCAGAGGAAUGAAGUGGGUGAGGAAUUUCAUCAGCAAAUGGCAGUUAAAGAUGAAAAUGAAGACUUGAAAGAAAAUGUUAGCAAUCGAGGUGGAACGAGGAGAAAGAAAUGUGGUGAUACGAUUGAGAAGAGAGAUGGAAGGAGUGGCAUUCUUCAGAAGCACCAAAGAUCCCACACCGGGGAGAAACCUUUUGAAUGCACAGAGUGUGGGAAAAGAUUCAGUAGGAGUGGCAUUCUUCAACAGCACCAGAGAACCCACACAGGGGAGAAACCUUUUGAAUGCUCAGAGUGCAGAAAGACAUUCCGUGACAGUGGUACUCUUCGGAAGCACCAAAGAACCCACACAGGGGAGAAACCUUUUGAAUGCACAGAGUGUGGAAAGAGAUUCAGUUGGAGUGGCACUCUGCAGCAGCACCAGAGAACCCACAUCGGGGAGAAACCAUUUGAAUGCACAGAGUGUGGAAAGAGAUUCAGUUGGAGUGGCCAUCUUCUACAGCAUCGGAGAACCCACACAGGGGAAAAACCUUUUGAAUGCUCAGAGUGUGGAAAGAGAUUCAGUCUGAAUGGAAAUCUUCAAGAGCAUCAGAGAACCCACACAGGGGAGAAACCGUUUGAAUGCUCAGAGUGUGGAAAGAGAUUCAGUCACAGUAGCACUCUUCAACACCAUCAAACAACCCACACAGGGGAGAAACCUUUUGAAUGCUCAGAGUGCAGAAAGAGAUUCUGUGACAGUGGUACUCUUCGGAAGCACCAAAGAACCCACACAAGGGAGAAACCUUUUGAAUGCACAGAGUGUGGAAAGAGAUUCAGUCAAAGUAGCACUCUUCAGCGGCAUCAAACAACCCACACAGGGGAGAAACCUUUUGAAUGCUCAGAGUGCAGAAAGAGAUUCCGUGACAGUGGUACUCUUCGGAAGCACCAAAGAACCCACACAGGGGAGAAACCUUUUGAAUGCACAGAGUGUGGAAAGAGAUUCAGUCGGAGUGGCACUCUGCAGCAGCACCAGAGAACCCACACAGGGGUGAAACCUUUUGAAUGCUCAGAGUGUGGUAAGAGAUUCAUUCAGAGCAGCAAUCUUCAGGAGCACCAGAGAACCCACACAGGGGAGAAACCUUUUGAAUGCUCAGAGUGUGGAAAGAGAUUCAGUAGGAGUGACAUUCUUCAACAGCAUCACAUAGCCCACACAGGGGAGAAACCUUUUGAAUGCUUAGAGUGUGGUAAGGGAUUCAGUAGGAGUGGCACUCUUCAACUGCACAAAAGAACCCACACGGGAGACAAACCUUUUGAAUGCUCCGAGUGUGGAAAGAGAUUCAGUCAGAGUAGUAAUCUUCAGAAGCACCAAAGAACCCACACAGGGGAGAAGCCUUUUGAAUGCUCAGAGUGUGGAAAGAGAUUCAGUAGGAGUGACAUUCUUCAACAGCAUCACAUAGCCCACACAGGGGAGAAACCUUUUGAAUGCUUAGAGUGUGGUAAGGGAUUCAGUAGGAGUGGCACUCUUCAACUGCACAAAAGAACCCACACGGGAGACAAACCUUUUGAAUGCUCCGAGUGUGGAAAGAGAUUCAGUCAGAGUAGUAAUCUUCAGAAGCACCAAAGAACCCACACAGGGGAGAAGCCUUUUGAAUGCUCAGAGUGUGGAAAGAGAUUCAGUCAGAGUGGCAGUCUUCAGAAGCACUAA